AAACACAACUCGGAAGAAGGGCGGAGCCGGUGCGGAGCCCUCCGGUCCCGGCGGCCGCGCGCUCCGCGUUUCAUUGGUUCCAAGUUUCACCGCUGUCCCGCCGCGAGUUCAGGCUUCCUCUUCCGACAAAGGAGACCUACUGUACUUUUUUCUUUUUUCUUCUCCUGCGUGAGAAGGGCAAGUUCCACGUUUUGAUCGAACAAAGUCAGGUCUUAAGAUUUCUCCACUGCUACCUGUUGAGCUUGGAAGUCAUCCUGCUUUCUAACUCUUUAACUGGCAGAGAAAACUGAACCCAACCAAGAGCCCUUAGUUCAGUCAGAUUCAGAAAUUCCAGUGUCGAUUAAGUGGAAAGACGGACCCUCAUUCUAUCUGCUUGGCAAACAGUCCUUAUUAAUAGCCACAUGGACAGAACCUGAGGUUUGGAGAUGCGCGAAUGGCUUUCAGCCUGUGCUGGAAAGCUCCCAGGAGCCAAUGGAGUUUUCUGCAGGCUCUGAACAGUGGGUUUCCUCUCUUUCCCUGGAGGACAGUGGGGAGCUGUUUGGAUCUUAAGAUGAAAGCCUACCUGGAGGAAAACACUGAAGUCACCAGCAGUGGCAGCCUUACCCCUGAAAUCCAGUUACGGCUUUUAACCCCCAGGUGCAAGUUUUGGUGGGAAAGGGCUGACCUGUGGCCCUACAGUGAUCCCUACUGGGCUAUCUACUGGCCAGGAGGCCAGGCUCUGUCUAGGUAUCUUUUGGAUAACCCUGAUGUUGUUAGAGGAAAGUCUGUCUUAGAUCUUGGGAGUGGAUGUGGAGCUACAGCCAUCGCUGCUAAGAUGAGUGGAGCGUCGAACAUCUUGGCCAACGACGUAGACCCCAUUGCAGGAAUGGCGAUUACACUAAAUUGCAAACUAAAUGGACUGAAUCCUUUUCCUAUUUUAACCAAAAACAUUUUGAAUACCCGACAAGGACUCUGGUUCAGUUUCCAGAAACUUCAUGAUGGCUCCAAUUUCAUGCGAUCUGACAUCUUCUGGCCUCCUCCAGGAGCAGCAGACUUGAGAAACAGCCGCAUCUUCUUGUGCAGUGCCGGCCUUGUCCCAUAGACAAGAUGGUGAAGGUUAGUGUAAAAGGAUUUGGCCCGAUUGGGUGCCUGGUUACCAGGGCUGCCUUCUCCUCUGCAUCUGGCAAAGUGGACAAUGUUGCCAUCAAUGACCCCUUCUUUAACCUCAACUACAUGGUCUACAAGUUCCAGUAUGACUACCUAUGCGCCCAUCAUCGUCUUCCAGGAACGAGAUCCCAUUAACAUCAAAUGGGGUGAUGCUGGGGCUGAGAAUGUCAUGGAGUCUACUGGCAUCUUCACCACCAUGAAGAAGGCUGGGGCUCACUUGAAGGGUGAGGCCAAAAGGGUCAUCAUCUCUGCCCCUUUGGCGAUGCCCCCAUGUUUGUGAUGGGUGUGAACUAAAAGAAAUAUGACAACUCCCUCAAGAUUGUCAGCAAUGCAUCCUACACCACCAACUGUUUAGCCCCUGGCCAAGGUCAUCCAUGAUAACUUUGGCAUCAUGGAAGGGCUCAUGACCACAGUCCAUGCCAUCACUGCCACUCAGAAGACUGUGGAUGGACCCUUUGCAAAGCUGUGGUGUAAUGGCUGUAGGGCUGCCCAGAACAUCAUCCCUGCAUCCACUGGUGCUGCCAAGGCUGUGGGCAAGGUUAUCCCAGAGCUGAACAGGAAGCUCACUGGCAUGGCCUUCCAUGUUCCUACCCCCAGUGUAUCUGUUGUGGAUCUGACAUGUCGCCUGGAGAAACCUGCUAAGUAUGUUGACAUCAAGAAGGUGGUGAAGCAGGCAUCUGAGGGCCCACUAAAGUGUAUCCUGGGCAACACUGAGGACCAGGAUGUCUCCUGCGACUUCAAUAGCAACUUCCACUUUUCCACCUUUGAUGCUGGGGGCUGGCAUUGCUCUCAAUGACAACUUUGUAAAGCUCAUUUCCUGGUAUGACAAUGAAUAUGGCUACAGCAACAGUAGUGGACCUCAUGGCCUACAUGACCUCCAAGGAGUAAGAAACCCUGGACCACCCACCCCAGCCCAGCAAGGAUACCGAGAGCAAGAGACAGGCCCUCAGUUGCUGAGGAGUCCCCAUCCCAACUCAGCCCCCAACACUGAGCAUCUCCCUCACAAUUCCAUCCCAGACCCCCAUAAUAACAGGAGGGACCUAGGGAGUGCUCCCUUCUCUUUAAUACCAUCAAUAAAGUUCACUGCACCCCCUCCCCCCGAAAAAGAAUAAAUAAAUCUUAUUUAUUUAGGAAUUAAA